AUGCCACCACCACCAAGUCAACGAGCUCAGGUUGAGCCGCCCGAGCAGGUCACGACAGAAGCGGUCAAGGGAUUUGCUGUUGGUGCAUUACGGUUUGGCUCCGUAUCCAUUCUCGCACACAUGAUACUGAGCAUGCCUCAUCCAUUCAAGUUCGAUAAUGCAGCAUCUGCCGCCGCACCUACUACGACUGGAUCGUCGCCGUCGCCGUCGUCACGGUUAUCGGCCGCUGGCGUCCGGAAUACAUUCCUCUACAGACCGCUCACGUCCCUGUCGGAAAGUAUCGGGCCUCUAUCUCGCAUCUACCGCGGACUAACUCCGCAGUUCAAGAUCUUCCUUCAGAUCGCGGCUAUGACGCUUGGUGGAACUAUAUGGGCUGAGAGGCGGGKGAAUGAGUAUCUACAUGCGCUGCGAAGACUUCGACGGGCAGAACGUAAAGCCGCUGGUGAACAAUAG